CCGUUUUCUACCCACCGACACUUCAAUAGCAUUUAUUUUGGGUGUCUUAUUGUAAUUAUCGUAUUAUCCCUAACCGUUAGCUCGAAGCUAAUCGCGCUGGCGGUAAUACUGUGGUACUGUGGCUGGAUUUAUUCACGCGAGUAUCCUGUGCGGGCGGUUCCCUCUAUAACACAACGGAAUGAGGAAGUCCCCACCCGCUCGGCCCACACUGUGUGUUAAAUCAAACGCUCCUUAUGUACCAUGCGUGAGGAUCUGUUUUGUGAAGGAUGAAAAAACUUCUAUCUUUUAACUUCAUUAGAUUAUUAUCAAACGGUGGUUUUAGGAGGUUUUCUCCGACCUGCAGACACCAGAGUGGCACGAUGAAGUACAUCCUGGUUACUGGAGGAGUGAUCUCAGGCAUCGGUAAAGGCAUCAUAGCGAGCAGCGUGGGGACGAUCCUGAAGUCGUGCGGUCUGCAUGUAACCGCCAUCAAGAUCGACCCGUACAUCAACAUAGACGCCGGCACGUUUUCCCCCUAUGAGCACGGGGAGGUGUUCGUGCUGGACGACGGCGGAGAGGUGGAUCUGGAUCUGGGGAACUGGGGACUAAAGCGCUUCCUGGACAUCCGGCUGACCAAAGACAACAACCUGACCACCGGGAAGAUAAGUCUACCAGUCCGGUCAUACAACAAGGAGAGGAGGGGGGACUACCCUGGGGCAAGAGCUGUGCAGGUGGUGCCACACAUCACAGAUGCCAUCCAGGAGUGGGUUGUGAAACAGGCCAAAGUUCCCGUGGAAGAUGACGGCGUAGAACCUGAAGUCUGUGUAAUAGAGCUGGGCGGCACGGUGGGAGACAUCGAGAGCAUGCCGUUCAUCGAGGCCUUCAGGCAGUUCCAGUUCAAAGUGAAGAGAGAUAACUUCUGCAACAUCCACGUCAGCCUCAUUCCUCAGCCCAGUACGACCGGAGAGCAGAAAACCAAACCCACACAGAACACGGUCAGAGAGCUCAGAGGACUCGGACUGUCCCCCGAUCUGAUCAUGUGCCGCUGCGCCACGGCUCUGGAGAACUCUGUGAAAGAGAAGAUCUCCAUGUUCUGUCACGUAGAACCUGAACAGGUGAUCUGUGUGCACGACGUCUCCUCCAUCUACAAAGUGCCUCUGCUGUUGGAGCAGCAGGGCGUCUGUGGCUUUCUGACCCGGAGACUCAACAUGCCGAUGGAGACCCGGCCGCGACGCAUGCUCACCAAGUGGAAAGAGAUGUCCGACAGGUCCGACCGGCUGCUCGAGCACUGCUCCAUCGCUCUGGUUGGGAAAUACACAAAGUUCUCCGACUCGUACGCCUCGGUGAUCAAAGCUCUGGAGCACUCUGCGCUCGCCAUCAGCCACAAACUGGAGGUCAAGUACAUCGACUCAGCCAAUCUGGAGCUGUCCACGCUGCAGGAGGAGCCGGUGAAAUACCACGAGGCCUGGCAGAAGCUCUGCAGCGCCGA